CAGUAGUUCUAAGUACAAGUUACGAUAUGGGCGCUCUUUGUGCAAUAAUUUUAGUUUUGGUCUUUUUUGACGUGUGCCAGUCUACUAUUAUUUCGAGGAAAUACAAAGCCAAACUGGAACUCAAUGAUAAGAAGUCAAAUGAAGAACCUUUAGGAGAACACAACUCAACAUCAGUAAUAGAGUGUGCAGCGCGUUGUCAAAGCGAGUGUAGUAUCUUUGGUUUCCACUCUCAAAUGAAAAAAUGUCGAACCCACAAGAGGAACCUCAUGUCUGAAGCAUCAGAUGAGGAUGGAUGGAGAUACUACUCACGUGACUUCACUCCAAUAGACUGUAAGGAUCUUCAAUCAGAUGGAUACUUUAAUUCAGGGGUGUAUGAAAUCUACCCCUAUGGUACCAUUACCAGUCCUGUCCCGGCGUACUGCGAUAUGACUACAAUGGGCGGGGGAUGGACGGCAAUCCAAAAACGAAUUAAUGGAACCCUGGACUUUGACAGAACCUGGACGGAAUAUAAAAAUGGUUUUGGCGCCCCAGAACAGGAUGUCUGGGUUGGAAAUGAUGUAAUCCAUCAAUUAACCAAAGAAGGUACCUCAUCCCUGUACGUGACAAUAACUCUACAAAAUGGUACAACGCUGUAUGAAACGUACGACAGAUUCUCUGUCUCCGACGAAGCAGGAAAAUAUCAACUCUUUCUUGCAGGACCUGCCACGGGAACCUUGGGAGACUCUAUGUUACACACUGGUGAUUCUAGGACCGAUCUGUCUGGGAUGUACUUCAGUACCCCAGACAGGGAUAACGACGGGUAUUUAGGUAACUGUGCUGCUCUCAGUAACCGUAGAGGAGGCUGGUGGUUCAACUGGUGUGCCGACGCCUUCCUUAACGGUCAGUGGUCCCCGGGGUACUGGCUCUGGCCAUGGUAUCCUACAGUGACUGAUAGUAAACAGAUAAAGGAGACCCUCAUGAUGGUCAGACGUCACUAGACGAAAGAUCAUCGAUCAAUUAGACGAAUCCAGUUUGAUUCAAGAGACGGUUUUAAAUUUAACAUUUAUCACGGGGUUCUUUUUCUGUAAGACUGUUUGACAUGAAGUGACUAAACAAAUAUGUUUUCAGGGGAUGAAGGAUUAUGUAAAGCAAUAAAUGAUUGUGAUCUUGUUCUACUGAUUGUAUUCUGCAAAUGAUGUACUUUAUAU